AUGCCACUUUUUGGGAAAAUCGUUGUCAUUAAAAGAAGUGGGAGUGAUGGAACUCAUUUUCCACUGACUACAAACUCUUGUUUGUUUGGACGGAAAAAGGAAUGUGACAUUCGAAUCCAGCUGCCUCAGGUUUCUAAAGAGCACUGUAAAAUUGAAGUCAAUGAAAACAAGGAGGCAAUUUUGAUUAACUUAAGUUCUGUAAAUCCAACACAAUUGAAUGGAAGUAGCUUUCAAGAUCCUGCAGUCUUAAAGCAUGGAGACGUACUGACUAUUAUUGACCGUUCUUUCAGGUUUGAAUAUCCACCUUUGUCAUAUCCACAGAAGAGGCUUUCCAGAUCUCAAGAGAAGGAAGCAUUGCAGAUUCUUCAUAUCCAGCAGGUAGAUCAGAAGGACUUAUUGCAUAUUCAGAAUUCAGAAUAUGAAAGUUCUGAAAAUCCUGGGAUUCUUGAAUGGGAAAACAAAUCUAAUGAUAAUGUGAAAAUAAGAACUCCAGAACAUAUUACUGGACAAUAUGGCACUCUUAAAUCUAUGUAUAAAGCAUGCAAAUCCAAAAGAAAAGAUGAGAUGUCUCCUUUUAGCAAACUUUAUGAAUUAACGAAGAAUGAAAGUGGUAUAAAAACUGCAGAGGAAUAUAUCUGUAAUGAGACAUGCGUAGAGCAAAGAGAAUAUUCAUCGAGAAAAGAUGAUAUCUUGCUGGAAGUUGCAUCUCAUACAUCACAUAGAAGAUCUGCAGCUGAUCAAGCUGAGAUGGAACGAAUGAUUUUGAAGAAGAAAACAGAGCAUUCCAGAGAUAUUAAAAAUCAAGUGAUCCACAGUUUGAAAUCAAAUCCAAUAUCUUUUGAAGAAAACAACUCAUCUGCAGACCUUCAAAGCCAUAUUAUAAACCAGAAACGUGAAAGAGAAGGCAUAAAUCAGUUAGAAUACCGUGAUACACAAGAAAAUGCAUUGGAAAAAUCUGCAGUAAUUAAUUCUAGUAACAAUGCUAAUGAUUCAUUUUCUAAAACAAACAGACAACAUGCGAAACAUUUUCCUGAAUUAUGUUGUAUUGUGUCAUUGGACUAUGCAGAUAAUGUAAAUCACCCUGAAAAAUUAGUAGAACAACCCACAGGGAUAAUAGCUGAUGCAGAAAUCAAAACAGACACUUGUGGAUCUAUGGAAACUGUUUUGCCCACACCAAAGACUAAUGGAGAGAGUUUUCAAGCAAAUUUGAAUUCAUGUUAUAGAAGUACCAGGCGUUCUUCAAACCUACAGGUUGAAUUAGAUUCAUUGACUGAAAUGAAGAGCUCUGCAGAAAGCCCUGCUGUAAUAGAGAAGUGUUCAGUGCAUGUCAGUACAGGGGAGCAUGAAUAUGAUCUGAUUGAAAAUAAAUAUUCUAAAGCAAAGGGUAAUAAUCAAAUGUCAGCUUCAGAACCAACACAAAUCCUGAAAGAAAUGAGAAAUGAGAGUUGUGCAAAUUAUACCACCAAAGAUGGAAGAAAUACUACUAGUUUACUUUACUAUAGUAAUGGGAAAAGCCUCAGAAGGAGUUUUAAACAAGACAAAGAUUUUUCAAAUGGAAGAUCUUUUAUACAGGAGAUACCCACAGAGGGGCCAGACUCUUCUCCUACAGAGAGAAUAACACCUAAGCAGCUUCAUUCAGAAAAUGGUGGAAACUGGCCUCAGGAGGUGAAUAUAGUAAAAGGACCAGCCACAGACAGACAUGAACAGCACAUGGACAUGAAAAAUAUACCAGCGCUUUUCAGCAUAACAGAUAGUGGUCACAAAAGCAGUGAUCAGAUUCAAGCUGGGAAUGAAGCUGUUUCAGAAAUGAAUGUGUCCAACCCAUUUAGUGUAAAGAGAAAGUCAGUGGUUAAAAAAUCACCUCAAAAACGCAAAGGUAAAGAACCUGAUUUAUUAAAUCAGCCACCUGGAAAGAGAAAAAGAGUAUCCUUUGGUGGUCAGCUGAGUCCUGAACUAUUUGAUAAACGUUUGCCUCCAAACUCGCCACUUAAAAGAGGGGCCAUUCCAGCACGACUGAGCUUGCCAUUUGGAAACUCUCCUCGAGCUGUUCUGAAAAAAGUUUCAGGAGUCAGACAUUCAGUAAUGAAGAGUUUCUCUGAACAAGAGCAAGAUAAGAAUAUUUUACCCCAAACAUCUUCUGCUUUCCUGACUUGCAGUUCCUUGUCUACCUCCUCACCAGCAUGCAGGUUCCCACCUAUCUCACCGCCAGUUCUCAUCCCUUGUAACAAACUCCAAAGUCAAGUGCGAUUCUCUGUUUCCCAUGUUACCGGCCCAUCUUCUUUAGAAGAGCAGGGUACUAUUGCUACACAGGAGCACAUAAAGAAAGAGUUCGCCGUAAAUAUACCUGAACCUACUGAGGAAGAACCCAAACCAACUGAGUCAAUAAGGAGAAGCCAGCAGUUUGCAUCAAGGAGAAGUUCUUUGCGUAGGAGAAGCAGUGCUAUGGAUGCUAUUCACUCCAGAAGACGAAGUGGUGCUUCUGAAGCCAACUUGAUAGUUGCAAAGUCUUGGGCAGAAGUAGUGAAACAGGGUGUCCCAAAACCCUGUGUAAGGUCUACAAAAUGUAGUCUUCAAAGAUUGACCAAGAAAGUACUUGCAAAACCAUCAAAGAACAAUGUUUUCACAUUAAAAACACCAGUGAGAAAAGUCAAAGGUCAUUUUACCACAGGUCACGUAAAUUCUCCAGCUCCAAUUGUGAUUGGAAAAGCUCAUACCAGGUUGGUGAAUGUGGCUGCACAAGUUCCUAAAGUGAUGCUCAGCUGUCCUUUGAAGCAACAUUGUGACUUAGAUGAAAGUUUUACAGGGAUGGCUGAAAUGUUCAACACUUCACUGAAUGGAAAGCCAAAAAGCUCUCUUUCUCAUGCUCAAAGAAUGAAGAUGGCAGAAUCAGAUGUUACUUCAAAAAUGCACACUUCAGAAGAAUCUGGAGAUAUGUCUAUAUUGCCUGUCAACUUACCAAACCAACAAAUACUUUACAAUCAAGAUGAGGUAUCCCCCUUCCUAAAAGAACUGCCUCAAAUUUCCACGCUUGAACAAGAUGACUUAGAGAUAAUUCCCAGAGAAGCAAAUACUGUAUUAGAAGAAUUAGGGGUCAAGCGCCUCUUGAGGACACCCAAGCAGAAAGUGGAGCCUGUUGAGUCAUACAUCGGAGUAAAGAGGCUUUUCAGAAUACCCAAGCAAGAAGAGUCUGUUGCAGAUGACAUCUGCUCCAAACUUUUGGAGGCUCCAGAAGAAGCAUUAGAGGAAUUGAAAAAUGCUACUGAGAGAAAGCAGAAACAAAGAAUGCGACUUAGGAGAAGCAGUGGUGUUAAUAAUAUUGAAGAGCCUAAGGAAAGUCUAAAGGCAGUGGAAGAGAAGGAAGAAAUUCAAAGGGUAUUAAGAACACCAAAGGAAAAAUCUAAACCUAUGAAGGAUACAGUUGGAGUUAGUCUACUAUUAAAGACACCAAAGCAAUCAUUUAUGCCAGUUGAUGACUACUUGAAAUUGCAGAAGUUUAUGGCUGAACCUAAGCACAACUAUUUUAGUCCUGAAAUAGAUUAUACAGGUAUCAAAGAGAUGUUGGAUCAUGCAGAUGAACAUAAGGAUGAAUUACCACGAUUGGUGAAUCUCAUGGAAGAAGAUAAUGGAUCUUGUUUGAAUUCAGGAAAUGAACUAGAAUGCAGGGAAGAUGUGUCCAAAGAUGAAGAAGUGAAAUUGGAAGCAUCAAGUGCAAGAAAAUCUCCUUCUAGUUUACAAAGAGAUAAUAGUAAAAAUGAUCCAAAUUACAGCUUGGAACAUGUCCCCUGUUACUCAUUUAGUGAAUUAGAAACACUGGCUGAUACAGAAUCUACUGAAAGCUGCCAGUCAAAUGGAGUAGAGCCUCCAAAUGGAGCCAAAGUUGAUUUUGUGAAACAACCAGUUGCAAAUCCCAAUGCAGUAAAUUUAGAAAUGUGUGAACCAUUGACUUCACCUAAAAGAAGUAAGAAAAUGAAGGCUAAUGAAUUCACUUUCACAGAAGAAUAUGACCAGAACAUCACUGAAAUAAGUCCAGUACAAAAAUUUGAAAGCAAUGUAUCAGAAGCUGGAAGUGAAGUAAAAAGAUAUUCACAAGCAAAAUCUAGUAAAAAGACUGAUGAAACAAAUGAGAAUGUACAUAGUCAAGAAUUACUAAGAUCUUCAAAAGCAACAUUAGUCAAAAAGCAGACAUGUGUAAAUAGGAAAAAGAUGGCAACUAAAAGAACUGAACAAGCUGGAACAAGUUUGCAUUCAGAAAAAAAUGCAGAAACCCAAGAAAAUGACUCUUUGUUAAUCAGAAAAACAAGUCUUAGAUCUAGAAAUGUAGAAGAUAAAAAUGCCCUGAAAUCUGAGUUUACAAAAGUAGGUGUUAAAGACAAAAUUCAAAACCAAGAUUUUGAAACUUCAGGCAUUGAAAGCAGUGGAAAUAUCCUAUUUAAAAGUAAUAGAAAAGGAAAGGCUACCCCUACACCAAGAUUAACUACAACUAUUAAUGUGUAUAAAUAUGGAAGUCAAGAAUGCACAGCAUCUAAAACAAACAAACUAGAAACUUUGGAAGACAAUUUAACAGAAAUAAAAGGAAAUGCAGGGAAGAGGAGAAAAGGGAAAAAAAUUCAUUUUCUACUUGAGAAACAUAUGUCUGUAUCUUUUCAAGAAAAAUGUGAGCUUAGAGAUAAGGACGGUGCUCAUGAAGAAGAGAGAACUUUUUUUGAAAGUUCUGUUUCCUCUGCAAAAGAAAAUACAUCACAAAGCAAGAGGAAAGGAGCCUCUGUUGUAUCUCAACCUGCUUGCAUCUCUCCUAAAGGGAAACAUGCAUUAGAGAUUAGUGAAGACAUAAAUUUGUCCUUUGAACACCAAGAAAAAUGCAUACAAGAAAUUAAAAUUGAAAAGAAACCUAAAGAAACCCAAAAGGUGCUACUAGAGCAUGUUCCCGCAAGAAGACAACAGGUAGUAAAUGAGAAUCCAUCCAAGAGAGGCAGAAAGAAACAAGUAUCUCAUGAAAUGCACACAGAGCAGGACAGUAAACAGGCAACUGAUAUAAAAGAUCAAAAUAUGCUUGUAAGUGUAGAACAGUAUCAACCAAAACAAAGGAGAGGGAGAAGUGUUGUCCCUCUAUUCCAAAUACUUGUGCCUUUGGAAGAGUUUCUUGCAGAAGAGAAGCCAACUCAAAAAGUGUCAUUAGAAAGUGUGGAAACUGCUGCAGAAGACAUUUCACCAAGAAGACAAAAGGUAGCAAAAGAAAACCCACCUGGGAGUGGCAGAAGUAAACAAGCUAUUUCUCACAAAACAUCUACAGAAUGUGACAGUAAGCAGGCAACUGAUACAAAAGGCCAAAGUACAGCUGUAACUGUAAAAGAGAGUCAACCAAAAAGAGGGAGAGGGAAAAGCGUCCCUAUAUCCCAAAUGCCAUUGGAAAACAUUGCUCUUGAAGAAAAGGAGCCAACAGCUUCAGCCCCCAGGAGAGGCAGAAGCAAACAAGCCAUUUCUCAUGAAACAUCUAUAGAAUGUGACAGCAAGCAGGCAGCUGAUAAAAAAGGCCAAAGUAUAGCUGUAACUGUAAAAGAGAGUCAACCAAAAAGAGGGAGAGGGAAAAGCAUUGUCCCUAUAUCCCAAAUGCCAUUGGAAAACAUUGCUCUUGCAGAAGAGGAGCCAACAGCUCCAGUCCCCAGGAGAGGCAGAAGCAAACAAGUUAUUUCUCAUGAAACAUCUACAGAAUGUGACAAUGAGCAGGCAGCUGAUACAAAAGGCCAACGUACAGCUGUAACUGUAAAAGAUAGUCAACCAAAAAGAGGGAGAGGGAAAAGCAUUGUUACUAUAUCCCAAAUGCCAUUGGAAAAUGUUGCUCUUGAAGAAAAGAAGCCUACAGCUUCAGCCCCCAGGAGAGGCAGAAGCAAGCAUGCCAUUUCUCACAAAACAUCUAUAGAAUGUGACAAUGAGCAGGCAGCUGAUACAAAAGGCCAAAGUACAGCUGUAACUGUAAAAGAGAGUCAACCAAAAAGAGGGAGAGGGAAAAGCGUCCCUAUAUCCCAAAUGCCAUUGGAAAACAUUGCUCUUGCAGAAGAGGAGCCAACAGCUCCAGCCCCCAGGAGAGGCAGAAGCAAACAAGUUAUUUCUCAUGAAACCUCUACAGAAUGUGACAGUAAACAAGCAGUUGAUAUAAAAGACCAAAAUACGGUCCUCAAAAUUUCUUGCUCUGAAAGGGAGAAUUUGACUUUGAGAAAGUCAAAAAGGGGCAGAAGGAGAAAGGUUGCUUCUGUUUCUCGCACACUUCUUUCUCCACUCAGAAAUGUUUUAUCUUUGCCAGCAUCAACUAAAGACAAAAAUACAGUAGAACAGCCAGGAAACCCUUUGGAAACAACCGCUGCAAAUGAGACUCUGCCACAUAGAAGCAGAAGACGAAAAGCUGAUGAUAUAAUUGACAUAAGCUUAGUUUCUGCCAGUAAAAAACCUAGAUUGCUUGUUCACCAAGAAAACAUGCCCAAAGAAGUUCAAACUGUGACACAAGAAAAUUUAUCCAAAAGAAGUAGGAGAAAACAGUCAUUUCUUUAUAAAUCUUCAUCAGAAAAUAAUUGGCAACUGGAAAAUGACAGUAACAAUGCAUCUGUAAGCGAUAAAAUAGUAUCUUUGGGACAUGAUUUUGAAAAGAAUCAUUCAAAGAAGAGGAGAGAAGGGAUUGUACUUGCAUCUGAAGUACCUUCUCUCAAAGUAAGCAUUACCCUACCUCCCUCACAAUCAGACAAUGGUGAAACUGUCAGUGAAAAUCCAAGUGUGUUUACUGAAAGUGAGGCUUUUGGAAAAGGGAAAAUAACAAAAUGGGAGGGAAAAGAUAAUAAAAUGGUGGCAUGUGCUACUUCUGUCAGAAAAAACAAGCUUCCUGAAGAGUUUUUUCAGGAAAAACAAAAUGUUUUGGAAAAGACAAUUGUGACAAAUGAGAAACAGCAAAGAAGUGGUAGAAGAAAAGUUGGCUUGGUUGAAACAACUAAUUCUGCUUUUCCUAACAAAAACUGCGGAUUGACUUCAAGCAGUCAUAUUGCCCCUAAAAAUCAAAUAGUGAUUCUAGACAAUACUGUUUCUGAUAAAAAAUAUGCUUCAAAAAGACUGAAAUCAUAUAAGCAAAAAGAAAUGCUAAAGAAUACCGACCAAACCAACACUUCAAAUAACAACCAGAAUAGUUAUUUAGAACUCAUAAAUCCACCUGAGCAAAAGAAUUUGGUAAAAUGGGGAAGAAGGAAAUGGGUUAGCAGCAACUCAGGAGAUGCCACUUCUGACAUCACAAGAAGUUUAUUUCCAAAAAAUAAAUCAAGAGCGUCUGAAGCAGAGAACGCAGAAAAUACAACAUUGCGAAAAAGAAAACAAAUGAAAGAGCAUACCGCAGCUAUCAUUGGGCCUGCUGCAGAAACAGAAGGCAAGACAAGAGCAAGCAAAAGAAACAGAAAAUGAAUAUUAUGAUUUUUGGUGCUGGGUUUUGUAUUUUUUCCUUUACAGAUAUAAUGGGUAUCUUAAGAUUUUGAAAUUAGGCUUGUAAAGUAUGCUCUGCCUUUAGAAAUAUUUUUGUUUCUGUAACUUUGUUCAGCUUAUUUCUUUCAAUGACACCCAUUUUAUGCUGUUUUAUAGAUAUCUUUUCUUACCUAUUUUGUAAUGCUUUGUUUAAAGAUGCAAGGGGUUAAGAACUGAGAUUUUUA